UAAACAUUUUUAUUCCUGUGAAUCUGUAGGGUCCGAAGAAAAAGAAAAAGCUGACGAAAGAGGAGAAGGCGAAACUGCGGGCAGAAGAGCUGGAAAGAAUCCGGCGAGAGGAAGAGCUAGAACGGGAGCGUUUGGAGCAAGAAGCGGCGGAAGCGCAUGAGGCAGCCCGGGUAAAAGCGGAGGAUGACGCGAAACGCGAGGUCCAGGAGCAGAUUUGGCGGGUGGAGCAGCUGGAGCACACAAAGAACCUCGUUUCCGCUUGUCUCGCGAAAGUGACGGAAGCCGAGAGCAGAGAAAGACACGAGAAGCAGUGGGAGCAGUACAUGAAGUGCGACGGCCUGCCUGACCCUGCCUCACCUCCAGCCAUGCACACCUACCUCCAUUUGUGGCGGUCAGAGCCGAAAGCCAGGCGAAAUAUCGAGCCGGUCGUGGAGAAAACGGCAGAAGUGCUCCAAUUGUUAAACGACCUGGACGAGUUGAUCGAGACGGAGGACGGUGGGAGGCUGCUACCCUUGUGGUGGGAGGUGCGGCAGAAGGUGCGUCUGGAGCAGCAAGUGCGCAUCGACGAGGCGACCUACGGCCUGCUGCGCGCCGCCUCCACCAUGCUGGCCUCAGUUGACUCGACCGUGGUACGCUACCACCGCGAGGCUGACCCCUACCUUUCGCUGACGCUGCAGACAGAUCUGGCUGCGCCGGCACCCGACGCUACGGCGCCCUCCUGGGACUUCGAGGAGGUCGGCGUGUCUAUGCAGCUGCCGUCGCAGUUUGCGGGCCUGCACGCCGCCGCCAGGGCUCUCUGGCUCCGCUACGACCACUACACCGACCUUUGUCCGUCCAGGAUUCCGCCACCUGCGCCGGAACACCACUCGCAAGAUAUGGUGAGCAUUGCAAUUGAAUUGUGGCAGAGGAGGUUGGAGGAGAAAGAGUGGGAAGCGGAGGAACAAGCGACUUUAGCAGCCGCCGAAGAACAAAGACUGGCGGCCGAAGAAACAAAAAGAGAAAUUGCUUCCUCUGCUGUUCCUGACGUUCCUCCAGGAGGAGAAACAGUUCCAGUGCUUGAAGAUUCAGCUCCCGAAGGUCAGGAACUUCAGGAAAGCGCCGAGGUUGAGGAAGCAGAUAUUGAAAAUGAGGAGGAAAGAGAAGAACCUCCGCCCAGGGACGAGGAAGCCGAGAGACAAAAAGCGGAGAUGGAGGCCAUGAUCAAGGACACACGUCCGCAUGAAUUGAAUCUGAGGAAGAUGACGGUCCUGGGCGGAGUGUUGCAUCUUGACUUGUUGGAGCAACCACCACAGCCAAGAGAGUUUAAUAAGAACCUAUCGCUGACAAAUGCAACGAAACGCUUUGAAUUCUACUCCCCUUCCAAAAUUACGAUACAAAGGCUAUUUAAUUUCGCAGUAUCGGAGCCUCUUUCACUGCAGAAGGUUCACUAUUACGUCAAAUACGUUCCUCCACCCCCGCCAGAACCGGGAAAGAAACGACUCCCAGAGGAAAUCGAAGCCGAAAUCAAACUGCAAGAACUGGAAUUUGAAAAAAUCGCACAAGUGCAUAUCAGUCUGCCAAGCAGUGUGCUCUGGUUCGAGCCGCCUAUAGUCGUCGGUUGGGAUGAUAAGAACGAAUACUGGAGCACGGAGGACUUGCACGAUCUAAAAUUCAACGAGGAAAAGCAGAUUUUGUCAUUUCGCGCCGGCCGCCUCGGCUCCCUGGCUCUGGCUGCGUUCAGAUACACCAAUUUGCCCUACCAGACGUGGGAACUCAAACCGACAUCGAAUGGAAUCCUCUUCUCAAUCACAGCUGCCGUCGUUGUUGUCGAAUUCAUUUUUAAAGACGGAUUGGUAUCACUCAGUCAGCUGCAAAACGGCACCACAAACGCCCUGCAAGACCAAGUCGGAAAAUUCUACAAGCCGAAAAAAUUAAUUAAGAUUAUGCGGCUCGGCGGCGUGGACAUUUUUCCUCCGCACGACGCGCACUGCUACAUGUCAGCGGUGUCGCCCAAACAGCGAACCACUGAACGCCACUUGUACCAAUGCAUGGCGUACGCCGCCAAGUCCCACUGUUUCGCUUGGAGCAGGUGGAAUUUGUUGGCUGGACACACGAGAAUAGUUUUGCAGAUGAAAGAAAUUAACAUUGAAGACCCCACCAAAUCGCAAGCAGAAUUCGACAUGUUGCUGGUGACCAGCCAAAGGUCGAGCGUAGUUCAUUGUACAGAAGUGAGCCAAAGUUUCAGCGAUGAACCAGCGCAAGGAAUGAACUUCUACGCUGACGUUUAUCACCUGCUUCUCAAUCAUGGAUCUGAAAAGGCUAAAUCCUUUUUAAGAGAGCCCGACGUACCUCUAGUUCACAGCGUGUUUGAUAUUUUGGACGCAACCAAAGUGCUUAGUUUCUCUUAAGCACUGGAAAUUCAACUCUUAAUUUUGAUGCUUGAAUUUUUUUUAAAUAAACGAAGCAAAAGAUUU